AUCAGCACCACACUACCAAAACCAAACCAGCAAACAGCAAACAUCACCAAGGUUCUUUCUUUUACUGGAUAAAUCGCUGGACGAUCAUCAUGGGUCGUAUGCACGCACCAGGAAAGGGUAUCUCCCAGUCAGCUCUACCCUACAGACGAAGUGUACCAACAUGGUUAAAGCUUACUCCUGAAGAUUGCAAAGAUUUAAUUUUCAAGCUUGCCAAGAAAGGUCAUACUCCAUCACAAAUUGGUGUUAUUCUUCGUGAUUCUCAUGGAGUUGGUCAAGUUCGUUUCCGUACUGGAAAUAAAGUUUUACGAAUUGUUAAAAGUAUGGGACUUGCUCCAGAUCUACCAGAGGAUCUUUACUAUUUGAUUAAAAAAGCUGUUGCCAUUCGUAAACAUUUGGAGCGUAAUCGCAAGGACAAAGACAGCAAAUUCCGUUUAAUUCUUGUUGAAUCACGUAUCCACAGACUGGCCCGUUAUUAUAAAUCAAAGGGAUCACUUCCACCAACAUGGAAAUAUGAAAGUUCAACAGCUAGUGCUCUUGUAGCUUAAAUAUCCACUUACAACAAAAAUAAUAAAUAUUUCAUUUAAAUAUAUAAAUA